CUACUGUUUUCCCUGACGACCCGUCCAGGAAAAUAAAUCAAGUUCCGAUCACAGUAGCACAGGCGGAGGAGGCGAGACACUGAAAGCAGAGAUGUUCCGUAACCAGUACGACAACGACGUGACAGUAUGGAGCCCACAGGGUCGAAUUCAUCAGAUCGAGUAUGCCAUGGAGGCAGUGAAGCAAGGGUCUGCAACCGUAGGACUGAAAUCCAAAACCCAUGCAGUUCUGGUUGCGCUAAAGAGAGCUCAGUCUGAACUGGCUGCUCACCAGAAGAAGAUCCUUCAUGUGGAUAACCAUGUCGGCAUCUCCAUCGCUGGACUGACGGCUGAUGCCAGACUGCUCUGUAACUUCAUGCGUCAGGAGUGCUUGGACUCAAGAUUUGUGUUCGACAGGCCCCUCCCUGCAUCACGCCUGGUUUCUCUUAUUGGCAGCAAAACCCAAAUCCCGACACAGAGGUAUGGAAGGAGGCCCUACGGUGUCGGCCUGCUCAUUGCUGGCUAUGAUGACAUGGGACCUCAUAUCUUCCAGACCUGCCCCUCAGCCAACUACUUUGACUGUAAAGCCAUGUCCAUCGGAGCGCGCUCUCAGUCUGCUCGCACCUACCUGGAAAGAUGCAUGGACAAGUUUUCUGACUGUAAUCUGAACGAUCUUGUCCAGCACGGCCUCCGUGCACUCAGAGAAACCCUCCCCGCCGAGCAGGACCUCACCACCAAGAAUGUUUCCAUCGGCAUCGUGGGGAAGGAGAUGGAGUUCACCAUUUAUGACGACGACGAUGUGGCCCCGUUCCUGGAGGGACUGGAGGAGAGGCCACAGAGAAAGGUUGCUCAGCCUGCUGCAGAUGAACCAGCAGCCGCAGUCCCAGCAGUACCUGACGAGCCAAUGGAGCACUGAGGCGCUUUCCUGUCAGUUUACUUCCUGUUUAUCAGAGCAGGGGGGGCGGCCCAGACCAACCUGACACACUUAAUGCAUCUCACCACAGGAACUGUUAAGAGUUGUUGUGUUGACGUGCCACUUGCUAAACUGUUCAUCCGAUAUAUUCUCUGCCAACAUCAGCCAACGCGAUGUUGCUUUUGUAUGAGUAAAGUGUACCAUUAUACAAGAAAUAAACUCUUUUUUUGAAUUGUG